AUGGGACAAUUGGAAAGUAGUGCUUUUGAUGACGACGAUAUUACGGAAUCGACUGUACUGCAAGGUGAUCGUUCCGUAAAUGGAAUCGUGCGAGCAAUCAAGGAAGGAAGAAUUAAGAAGAUCUGUGUACUCACCGGAGCAGGAAUCUCGUGUUCCGCAGGAAUUCCAGAUUUCCGCUCUCCUGGGACAGGGAUCUAUUAUAAUUUGCAAGAAUAUAAUCUACCAAAUCCAGAAGCUAUGUUUGAACUCGAGUUUUUCAAGCAAAACCCUGCAAUCUUCUAUAAAUUUCUAAAGAAACUCCUUCCUGGAAAAUACAAACCCACCUAUGUUCAUCACUUCUUGAAGUUGCUGGAAAAUAAAGGUAUCUUAUUACGCGUCUACUCUCAAAAUAUCGACGGAUUGGAACGCUUGGCAGGGCUUUCCGAGACUGUUUUGGUGGAAGCCCAUGGCUCUUUUGCGACCGCAUCUUGCAUAGAGUGCGGAUUAGAGUACCCCAUAAAAGAUCUGCGUGAAUGCAUUGCAAACGGCGGCAUUCCUUACUGUUCAUGUGGUGCCCUCGUGAAGCCGGAUAUCGUUUUUUACGGAGAAAACCUCCCUCUGAAAUAUACUUGGAUGCAUACAGCUGAUAUGGUUUCUUGUGAUAUGCUUCUAAUCAUGGGGACGUCGCUCUCAGUGCAGCCUUUCUGUAGUCUGAUUCAUAAAGUGAGAGAAAACGUCCCGCGACUGCUCAUCAACAACGAGGCGGUGGGUCCGUUCCGGUUCUGUGAUAUGCAAUGCUGUCUUCGCGAUGUGUACAUGCAAUCGGACUGCGACGAAGGCGUGAAGGAGCUGGCGCGAUUGCUGGGGUGGGAAGAAGAGCUGGAGGCGUUGGUGAAGGGAGGGAAGGAGGAAGUGAUUCUGUGA